GCUCACUUCUUUCAAGUUUUCCCUUCUCUCUCUCUCUCUCUCGAGGCUCGCGUCUCUGGAGAGAGGUAAAUUUUCUGAUAAAUAUUUAAAAAUAAAAACGGAAAAGAAGGAAUCGAAUCUUACCUGAGAAGCUGCAGCGAAAGUUUUUUUAUACCGCCGAGGCUCUCUUCCCAGCCGCUCUCCACGUUUCUGCGGCCAUGACCGUGUUCUCCGGGAAGCAGGUGGUCCCAGUCGACUACGAGGCUGAGGUCUCGCAGCGGCUUCUCGAAGCUUCUCUCUCCGGUGAUCUUAGAUCGGCUCUAGAAUGCAUCGCCGAUUCAUUCGUCGAUGUCAACUUCGUCGGCGCGGUUACCAUAAAAUGUAGAAAGAGUGAGGUCGUUUUGCGCGACGAAUCGCCGUGUGAUGUUCGUUUCGACUAUGAAGAGUUUAAAACUGACGUUACGGCUUUGUUCAUCGCCGUUCACGUUGGAAAUGUGGCUCUCGUGAAGAAAUUGCUGAGCGUAGGUGCUGACGUGAACCAGAAACACUUCAGGGGCUUCGCGACAACAGCAGCAGUGAGAGAGGACCGCAUUGAGAUUUUGGAGAUUUUACUUAAAGCUGGAGCAUCUCAGCCAGCUUGUGAGGAGGCUUUAUUGGAAGCAAGCUGUCAUGGGCAGGCAAGGCUGGUGGAACUGCUUAUGUGCUCUGAUUUAAUUAGGCCCCGUGUUGCUGUGCAUGCUCUUGUCACUGCAUGCUGCAGGGGAUUUGCAGACGUUGUAGAUACUCUCACAAAGUGUGGCGUAGAUGUCAAUGCGACCGAUAGAUUGCUGCUGUUGUCAUCAAAGCCUUCUUUGCACAGAAAUGUUGAUUGCACUGCGCUUGUUGCUGCUGUUGUCAGCAGGCAGGUUGCUGUUGUUCAUAUGCUACUAAAGGAUGGUGCCAGGACUGAUGUGAAAGUGAGACUUGGAGCAUGGUCAUGGGACACAACUACUGGAGAAGAGUUUCGAGUGGGGGCAGGACUAGCUGAGCCCUAUGCCAUUACCUGGUGUGCAGUGGAGUAUUUUGAAACUACGGGUGCUAUAUUGCGCCUGCUCCUCCAACACCUCUCCCCAAACACUACUCACCACGGAAGAACACUCCUCCAUCAUGCCAUUCUCUGCGGUAAUGCUGGAGCUGUUAAUGUGCUCCUGAGUUAUGGUGCUGACGUGGAGUUCCCUGUCAAAAGUCAAAAAACUGAGUUCCGGCCCAUACACAUGGCUGCCCGUUUAGGCUUCCCAACUAUCCUUAAAUGUCUAAUAGACUCAGGUUGCGAUAUAAACUCCAGGACAGACACCGGUGAUACAGCUUUGAUGAUAAGUGCAAAAUACAGGCAAGAAGAGUGUCUAAGAGUAUUGACCAUGGCUGGGGCUGAUUUUGGAUUAGUUAAUGUUGCUGGUCGGUCUGUGUGUUCAGUUGCUGGGAAAAAUAGGUGGUUCCUUGGUUUUCAACAAACAGUGUUUGAUGUGAUUAGGGAUGGAAAGAUACCCACAUCAAGCAAUAUUUCUGUGUUUUCUCCUCUAAUCUUUGUAGCUCAAGUUGGUGAUAUAGAGGCCUUAAAGGUGUUGGUUAAUUGGGGAGAGAUUAAACUUGAUUAUCAGGAUAAUGAUGGUUGCUCAGCAGUUAUGUAUGCUGCUUUAAAGGGUCAUGUUGAAGCUUUCCGAUUGCUGGUCUAUGCAGGGGCUGAUGUAAAGCUGUAUAAUAAAGCUGGUGAAACUGCUAUCACUUUGUCUGAAAUGAACCAGAAUCAUGAUCAAUUUGAGAAAGUGAUGCUUGAAUUUGCACUUGAAAAGGGUAAUCGCAAUGCAGGAGGGUUCUAUGCAUUACAUUGUGCAGCCCGUCGUGGAGACUUAGAUGCAGUCAAAUUGUUGACAAGCAGAGGUUAUGAUGUGAAUCUCCCUGAUGGGGAUGGCUACACUCCUCUUAUGUUAGCAGCAAGGGAAGGCCAUAGGUCUACAUGUGAACUUUUGAUUUCAUGUGGGGCACAGUGCGAAUUUAAGAAUUUUAGAGGUGAAACAGCACUCUCACUAGCAAGAAAAUGUGCUGGCAUGAUGAAUGAUGCAGGAAAUGUGAUACUAGAUGAGCUUGCUCGCAAGUUGGUUCUAGGAGGUUCCCAAGUACAGAAGCACAUAAAGAGAGGCAAAGGAGCACCACAUGGGAAGGAUUUAGUAAUGAUUGGAGGUACUGGAGUACUUCGAUGGGGGAAGUCAAAUCGGAAGAAUGUUAUAUGCCGGGAGGUAGAGGUAGGUCCGAGCCCAGUGUUUCGGAAGAAUAGAAGGAACAAGGGUGAUGCAGAUUCUCCCGGAAUUUUCCGGGUAUUGACUACUAAGAACAAAGAGUUGCACUUCAAAUGCAAUGGUGGGAUAGAAAUGGCUGAGAUGUGGGUCAGAGGUAUUAAACUUGUGACAAGGACAGCUAUAUGCUCUUGAACCCAGACUGAAGACAUGAAAUUUGAUGUCUUGCUUAGGAAGUAUAUAUAGGUGUUUAGAGUAUUUCAUCUUGAAGUAGUUUGAACUGUUGCAUUUUAUUUUAAAGGUUUCGACGCCCUGUAGCUGUAAAUGCUUUCUCAUCCAAAGUAAAUUUUGGUAUAA